AUGCUGUGUAAAGCGGUCCUGUCCUGCGCUCUGCUCCUCGCCACUCUGGAGCCUCUUCUCACACACCCAAUAACACAGCUGGCUGGAAUGUCCUACACAAGGCCUGUUUCAGAAGAGGAGCAGGCGAUGAGUCCAGAUGAGAUGUCUUACUCCGAGGCGUUUGUGUCUCAGGGGUCAGCAGGAAUCGGCUUCCCUUCCUUCCACACAAGAGACAACAGCAGAGAAGCUCUCAGAGCAGCUGCAUUUGUUCCCAACCAGGUGGUGAAAGAGACUCUGAUAGAAAAGCCCUGGCUAAACCCACUCAGCAGUUUCCUGGGUGGCAGAAAACAAUACAGGAAGCGUGGAGGAAACUCGGAGUGCUUCUGGAAAUACUGUGUCUGA